GACAGUGUUCUGUUGCAUCCUCUGACAAAGAGGGUUCAGGGAAAGUUUGCCCAGGAGCUGCAAGUUUUCCUUUACCGUUAUUAGUAUCGCGAGACCCCGAGGCUGUGUGUAAACUUUCGAUUGAAAACGCUGUCGCUGAUCCGAGAAAUAGACCAGUGAUUCUGUUGCUCACUCUCACUGAGCGAGUUUGUGUGAGGCCGAACAUGGCGUUGGAGUACAUCCAGUUAUUGUAUCUCUUUAUUUUAACGGUUUUAGAGUUUACUCAUCCACUGGAGCCUGUGAACUCGGAGCCAUUGCCAAUUCCAACAGACAAAUUGCUCGUACUUACUGUUGCAACUCAACAAACAGAUGGCUUUCUUCGUUUCAUGCAAACAGCGAAGUACUUCAACUACACUGUCAAGGUACUUGGAAUGGGGGAGGAAUGGAAAGGUGGUGAUGUAGGCAAAUCAAUAGGUGGGGGGCAAAAAGUACGACUACUGAAGGAGGCAAUGCAAAAUUAUGCGGACCAUGAAGACCUUGUUGUGAUGUCUGUUGACAGUUAUGACCUCAUCUUUGCUGGUGGCCCUGAAGAGCUGUUGAAGAAGUUCCAGCAAGCGAAUCACAAAGUGGUAUUUGCUGCUGAGGGGCUGGUUUGGCCAGAUAAAAGGCUGGCUGACAAAUAUCCAUCCAUCCGGAGUGGGAAAAGAUUUCUAAACUCUGGAGGAAUUAUUGGCUACGCUCCACAUGUUAACAAGAUAGUGCAACAGUGGGAACUUCAUGAUAAUGAUGAUGAUCAACUUUUUUACACCAAAGUUUACCUGGAUCCAUUACAGAGGGAAAGCCUGAACAUAACUUUGGAUCACAAGUCUCAGAUUUUUCAGAACCUCAAUGGAGCAGUAGAUGAGGUCUUACUAAAAUUCGGAACAGAGAGAGUGAGAGCAAGAAACAUUGUGUACGACUCGUUGCCAGUAGUCAUUCAUGGAAAUGGAAAUACCAAAAUUUACCUAAACUAUCUCGCUAAUUACAUACCUAAUGUUUGGAACUAUGAGCAAGGAUGCAAUGUUUGUGAUAAUGACCUCUUUGAUUUUACUGAGCUUAAGGAAUAUCCAAGUGUGACUAUUGGUGUGUUCAUUGAACAGCCAACUCCCUUUGUGCCUGAAUUUUUUGAAAAAUUACUGAACCUGGAUUACCCAAAGGAUAAACUUAAUAUCUUUAUCCAUAACAAUGAAGUGUACCAUGAAAAGCACAUGCAGAAGCUGUGGGUGCAAAAUAAGAAUGUGUUUAAGAGCUUUAAAGUUGUGGGCCCUGAGGAGAACCUGAGCCAAGGGGAAGCCAGGAAUAUGGGAAUGGAACUCUGUCGCACACGUGAAAGCUGUGACUACUAUUUUAGCAUUGAUGCUGAUGUUGUGCUGACAAACACCCAGACCUUGAGGCUGUUAAUUGAACAAAACAGAAAAAUAAUUGGUCCUUUGGUAAGCCGUCAUGGUAAACUCUGGUCAAACUUCUGGGGUGCUUUAAGUCUGGAUGGUUACUAUGCUCGCUCUGAAGAUUAUGUUGACAUUGUACAAAGCAAACGAGUUGGUGUAUGGAAUAUUCCAUACAUGGCUCAUAUCUACCUCAUUAAGGGCGAGACUCUCAGAAAUGAAUUGAAGGAGAGAAACCAGUUUGUUUUGGAGAAACUGGACCCUGACAUGGCGCUCUGCAAAAAUGCUCGGCAGCUGACAAUACAAAGGGAAAAAGACUCCCCUUCUCCGGAAUCAUUCCAUAUGCUCAGACCCCCAAAGGGAGUUUUCAUGUACAUUACAAAUCGCCAUGAAUUUGGAAGGCUAAUUUCAACUGCAAAUUACAAUACAUCUCACUUCAACAAUGACUUGUGGCAGAUUUUUGAAAACCCAGUGGACUGGAAGGAAAAAUACAUUCACCAAAACUAUUCAAAAAUAUUUACCCAGAAUCUGGCAGAGCAGCCCUGUCCAGAUGUAUUCUGGUUCCCCAUAUUUUCUGAGAAAGCAUGUGAUGAAUUGAUAGGAGAAAUGGAACACUAUGGAAGCUGGUCAGGUGGAAAGUAUACGGAUAAACGCAUUUCUGGGGGUUAUGAAAAUGUUCCAACAGAUGAUAUUCACAUGACGCAAAUUGAUUAUGAUAAGGAAUGGCUGCAUUUCAUCAGAGAGUAUAUUUCUCCAGUAACGCUCAAAGUUUUUUCUGGCUAUUACACAAAGGGCUACGCAUUGCUGAAUUUCGUUGUUAAGUACACUCCUGACAGACAGGCAUCAUUGAGACCACAUCAUGAUUCCUCAACGUUUACGAUCAACAUCGCUCUUAACAGUAAAGGAACGGAUUUUGAGGGUGGUGGCUGUAAGUUUCAUAGAUACAACUGCUCUCUUGAAUCUCCAAGAAAAGGAUGGAGUUUCAUGCACCCAGGAAGACUGACUCACUUGCACGAAGGACUACCAACUACAAAUGGGACACGAUACAUUGCUGUUUCUUUCAUUGACCCAUAAACUAGGAUGAAAUGCUAGCUUUUCUUUUUUAUUAUUUGAACACACCUUUUUUUUUUUUUUUUUUUUUUUUUUACAAGUGGUAAAAUAGUGGAAACAUAUUUGUGAUGCAUUUGACAUGAAACCGUGAAAUUUCAAUGCUCUGCAAAAUCAUCUUAUUUUAAGAAAAUGCUACCAAAGGAAGCUGAAGUGUAACAAGUGGAAAUGACUGAAGAUAUGAUAAUUUAGCUGAUUUAAUAAAGAUGUCUUCAAAUAAAUGUAAAAAUGUGUGAUAAAAAAGCAAAGGUGUUUUCAACAUACUUUUAAACUGUUGCCAUUAAAUAAUUGAAUGGCUUGACUCUAAAAAUUUCUAAAAUUUAGAUUUUAGAUUCUUGUUUUAUUAUGUUUUGGCUGAAUUUUGGAUGUUCUUGGAGAUUACAUGUUGCUAUUGUCAUUUUAUGGUUUUUUUGGGGGGGAGGGUGGGUUUUGUCAUCAGAAAUACGUCUUACUACUGAUUAUUUCUUGUGACACUGUCAGUGUUAUCAGGAUAAUGUGCCCAUGAACUGAGAGUAUUCAAUUUUUGUAAUUUUGCACACCAGCUCCAGAAAAAUAUUAGAACACUGGUGCUAUGAUAUUCUGGAUUUGUAUACAACUUUUACUUGAAAUUGACUCUGUUUAAACAUGUUUUUGUUUUAAAAAGAUUUUUAAUAUUCAACGUGACAAUUGAACUGAUUAUUAUUUUAAGGAGAAUCAAAUCAGUUUUAUUGUUUACUGUAAGAGGUUUUUCAUCUUAAAACGAGCUGAGCACCAUGACCACAUUCACCAAAUUAACGUAUUAUGUCAUAUUGAUGUAAAAAAAAAAAAAAAUUAAAAAAAAAUAAAGUGUUAUUUGUCCACAGGUACAAUAAGAUGUUUUUGU